UUUUUUUUUAUUUAAAUUGACAAUUAACACCUGACGAAAAUGACAAAAGAUGAAAAUGCCAGAAAAAAAACUGGAGAAGCCAAUGAUACUGAAAAAAAAGGAUCACUUGAAGCUGGUCCUGACCCUACAGCACCAAUUACAAGAAAAGGAGUUUUAACAUCUUUUUUAACUGGAAAACCGAUGGAAAUUCCAGAACAAGAUAUUCUUGGAAAAUGCAGAUUUGUAUCAGAAUUUGAAAAACUUAAUCGCAUUGGUGAAGGCACAUAUGGUAUAGUGUAUCGAGCAAGAGAUACAAAAAGUGAUAAAGUUGUAGCAUUGAAAAAAGUUCGAAUGGAGCAUGAAAAAGAUGGGCUUCCAGUAAGUGGUUUGAGAGAAAUAAGUGUUCUGUUAUCUUGUAGGCAUGAAAAUAUUGUUCACUUAAAAGAAGUAGUUGUAGGAAGAAGUUUAGAAAGUAUUUUUUUAGCUAUGGAAUAUUGUGAACAAGAUUUAGCCAGUUUGCUUGAUAAUAUGCAAGCUCCUUUUUCUGAAAGUCAAGUAAAAUGUAUAAUGUUACAAGUUCUAAAGGGAUUGAGAUAUUUACAUCACAAUUUUAUAGUACACAGAGAUUUAAAAGUAUCAAAUUUACUUAUGACUGAUAAGGGAUGUGUAAAAAUAGCAGAUUUUGGUUUAGCAAGAUGGUUUGGACUACCUUUGAAGCCUAUGACCCCAAGAGUUGUCACAUUGUGGUAUAGAGCUCCAGAAUUACUUUUACAGGCCAAAACACAAACAACUUCAGUUGAUAUGUGGGCAGCUGGUUGCAUUUUAGGAGAACUUUUGGGACACAGACCACUAUUACCUGGUCGAUCAGAAAUUCAACAAUUGGAAUUAAUAGUUGAUUUAUUAGGAACUCCCAGUGAAGCAAUAUGGCCUGAGUUUAAUGCAUUACCAGCAUUGCAGAAUUUUACACUUAAACAACAGCCUUAUAAUAACUUAAAACAAAGAUUUCCAUGGUUAAGUGCAGCUGGUCUUAGGUUACUUAACUUUCUUUUUAUGUAUGAUCCUAAAAAAAGAGCUACAGCAGAAGAAUGCUUACAAAGCAGUUAUUUUAAGGAAGCACCACUACCAUGCGAUCCAAAAUUGAUGCCAACUUUUCCACAGCACAGAAAUAUGAAAAAGGUUAUACCGAAAGAGGCUCGAGAACAAGAGCCUACUGUUGCUGAUCAGACGAACAAUCUGCCAGCAAUAUCUGAUCUUGUAAGUUACAAAUUAAUAAGAGAAACCUUGGAUCUCUAGUCAAAAAACGACGUGUAGAAUAAACAAUUUAAAUUUCAAUAAAUAAGUAAUGUUCAUUUAGAAU